AUGAGAUUCUCGCUGUGUGCUGCGCUGCUGGCCUCUGUGGCCGGCGCUGUGAGGUCGCCCUAUUCGCCACGGCCUAUCAUCGCACCGUCGCCGCAAUACCCCAGGGUGCCUGUGCCGGAUCCACCAGCACGAACCAAGUUCUGUACUGUCAAGACGCACGGGAACGGGUCCGACGACUCAGCCUUUGUCCUGUCCGCCUAUCACGCAUGCAAUAAUGGAGGCCAUGUGUUGUUCGCCAAAAACACAACCUACACCAUCGGCACUGCUAUGGACUGGACGUUCCUCAGGCAUAUCGACAUAGAUAUCCAGGGAACUAUUAAGUUCACCGAUGACACGGAUUACUGGCAGGCCAACUCUUUCAAGUUCAUUUACCAAAACGUCACAAGUUUCUUCAAGCUUGGAGGAGACGAUGUCUUCAUCUAUGGAGGCGGUACGCUGGAUGGCAGUGGCCAGGUGUGGUAUGACCUCUACGCAGAGGACGAGUAUAUCCUCCGUCCCGUCCUCAUUGGUAUCGAUGGCUUGAACAACAGCAUCCUCUCGGACCUUGUGUUGAGAUACUCGCCAGAGUACUACACAUUCCUUGCAAACUCCACCAACGUGGUCUUCAACAAGUUCGAUAUCUCGGGUUUCUCCAAGAGUUCCAAUGUUGCAAAGAACACGGAUGGCUGGGACACGUACCGUUCGACGGAUAUCACCAUCAUGGACUCCGUAAUUAACAACGGCGACGACUGCGUUUCCUUCAAGCCCAACUCCACCAACAUCCUGGUCGAGUCGCUCUGGUGCAACGGCUCGCACGGCAUCUCAGUCGGCUCGCUGGGCCAGUACGUAGGCGAGUACGACAUUGUCGAGAACGUCUACGUGACCAACAUCAGCAUGCACAACGCCUCCGACGGUGCACGCAUCAAGGUCUGGCCCAACACCCCCUCGGCUCUGUCGGGCGACCUGCAGGGCGGCGGCGGCGACGGCCACGUCAAUAACAUCACCUUCGACGGCAUGUACAUUGACAACGUCGCCUACGCCAUCGAGAUCACCCAGUGCUAUGGCCAGAGCAACAUCACCCUGUGCCUCGAGUACCCCAGCCCGCUGACCAUCACCAACGUCACCAUCAAGAACCUCUACGGCCUGACCAGCACGACUUAUGAGCCGGACAUCGCCGCCUUCCUGUGCUCGAGCACAGACGUGUGCAAGGACGUCGUGGCGUCCAACAUCAGUGUUCUCAGCCCCGCGGGCACGAACGAUGCGUACUGUCUGAACAUGGACAACGCGACCCUGGACGUCACCUGCACGGGCAGCCUGCUGGGGACGAACUGA